UACUCUUUGUACUUGUACCUAAAUAGGAAAUUCAAAAAAAUAUUUUACAAUUAGCAUUAGUAAUUAGCGUGACUAAUCAAAUACCAUUAAAAUGAAUUAAAAUAAUUCUUUAGCAUCUAAUUUAUCUAUAGAUUAAAAUAAGGAGCAACAAAACACUAAUUAAAUAUACGUGUCAUCCUUGAACUCGCGAAACAUGCUCUAACCUCUCCCAACUAUAGAAAAUAAUACCUAUUAUCAAGUUCAUGAUUAGAAUCAGAGAUUAAAUGGAAUAGUUUUUGUUACGCCACACACGCAUUUGCGAUUCGUGAUAUAAAAAGAAAAUAAAUCAUGACAUCUACAGCAUAUUUUGAUGGUGUUACGGAUAGAUACAGUGGUAUAACUGUAACUUCACAAGAAGAACCUUGUGAUAGAGAUAAAUUUAAAGAAAAACUUUUAGAAUCUUUAAAAAAAUGGGCCAGUGAAGAAAGAAGGUGUAUUUGGUUUAAAGUCAAUAUAAACGAUGCGUCUUGGGUGCCCAUAUUAGCUGAUGUAGGGUUUAACUUCCAUCAUGCUAGAGAUGACUUUGUGAUGAUGUAUAAAUGGUUACCGCUGGAUAGAUCUGCAAACUUACCUCCAGCUUGUCACACAAAUCUCGGUGUGGGAGGACUUGUACUUAAUAGUAAAAAUGAAAUGCUUGUAGUGACAGAGAAACAUUUUGACUACCCUCAUUGGAAGCUACCUGGAGGAUAUGUGGAAAGAGGAGAGAAUAUUAAAGAUGCGGCAAUCAGAGAAGUUAAGGAGGAGACAAAUGUGGAUGCAGAGUUUGAUUCCAUGGUUACUCUGCGGCACACUCAUAAUGCAAUGUUUGGCAACUCAGACAUUUAUGUUGUAGUUAUGUUAAAGGCUACAUCAGAUGAAAUAACAAAGUCAGAUCUUGAAAUCAAAGCAUGCAGGUGGAUGGAUGUAAAUGAAUUUCUAAAUCAUCCUGAUGUUCAUGAGUUCAACAGAUUUAUUGUAAGACAAGCUUUAGAUUUAAAAAAUAGAAAGAUCAAAUUUGAUCUUCAAAAGAACACAGUUAAAAUUGCUUCAUUUGUUAGAGAUAUAACGUGUCUAACAGUGGAAGAUAUUGAGAAUUAAUUUGAUGCAAAAAAAUGCAUUAAACAACUUAUAGAUCAAUUCCAUAAUUUUAUAAACCACACUUACUAAUUAUCCAUUGAUAAUUGAAACUGAUACAACAGCUGCGCCGCGCUGUUUUACCCGCGAUGCACCCACUGACAAUAGCAAAUAUUACAUACAUAAAUUAAUUUGUUUGCAGUAUUGUAGCUCAUGUCUUAGUCUGAUGUUUAAGCUAUAUUAUUGUAAAGUUUCAUUAAAUUCCAUUUAGUAAGCUUAACGUGAAGGAGUAACUAACAGCCAUCCAUGCAUACUCAGACUCGCGUUUACAAUACUAGUAGGAUGAGGUCACUUAUGAUACUAGAAUGGUAAGGAGUAUGCAGACAUUGCUUACAAAAGCAUCAAAAUUUUUUGGGCUCCAAUACGAGAUGUGAGAUAGCACAAUAUUUACAUUAAGGGACCGCUCUUCAAAACAAGUAUUUUUUUUUUUCUAAAUUACGAAGGAAAAUUUCCAACAAAUCUUUGUCAGUCAAAAGAAAAAACGUUUUUAAUCCGCGUGUAAUCGCGAUAAAUGUAGUCGCAAGUACCACCAGAACGCUACCAAGUGUAAGGUGAAUCACCAGAAAAGGGCUAGCUUAUGCCCGAUAAGGGCUCAGGUGGCAAAACUGUGGGUAUGUUGAUUGUAAAAUGUGUACAUGCAUCAUUUUAGGUCUUAUAGUCCCCUCAAUAAUUAUGUACAUAUAAAUGUUACUAGCUUAUAUCUCGUUAUUAUGGGUACUUUGCUUUCUUUGUAUAUUUAAGUGGGAUCAAGUAUUAAUUGUAAGCUUUGUUAAUUGAAAUUAUUUUAAACAGAUUUUAUUGUUUGUAAGUAUAUAUUUUUUGUUUUUAGACUUUAUGUUAUAAAAAAUGCUGUUAAAUAGUCAAGUUAUAUAGGUUUUACGAAUAAAGUUGAUUAUUGAUUAAAUAAAUAAACAAAAUAUAA